AUGUUGAGGCCGAGGAAAGCCACGCGAACGAGACAGCGCCAUCCUCCCAGAAACCGCGCCGGUGACCCCCGAAACAACGUCUGCGUUGAGCCUAUGAUGGGCGCCGCUUCCCGAGGCGGGCAACAACCAAAUCGAGUUUGUCUCAUGUUCGGUAGCACCAGAUUGAAUCCGCUCGCCAUCGCGGGGAUUGGCUUUUUUGUCAAUAAAGUUGAAGUUCUUUAUGUUACGUAUGGCAUUCUCACAGGUGCCUUCGUUGCCGCCGAAACUGUUUUGCUGUAUCUUCCUGCAAAAGCUGUAAACGUUGGUCUCUCAAUCGAGCAAGGAGCCUUAAUCAUGUCCAUCUAUGGCGCCAUGUUUGCGUUUAGCCAAUUUAUUGUUGGAAUUCUGGCUGACUUUAUUCAUAUCCCAACAAGCUACAUUCUGAUGUUUUCAAUGCUCGUCAUGUCAGCCACAACUGUCGCUUUUACAUUCGUCCAUUCAUUCGCUUUUUUCGUCCUGUUCAUAUCCCUGUUUGCGAUGUGCAAGGGAUUUGCCUCUGCUCUACGUGUUGUACUUGUGGCAUCCAUCUUGGGAGUGAAAAAGUUGGAAAAAGGUUUUUCUCCCUUGAGUCUUUUGAUUGGUGUGGCUUUACAAAAUCUUUCCGAAUGUCGCAAAACUUGA